AUGCUCCCAGAGGCAUCCGUUAAGAGCAGCUUCUUUGCGACUCCCGUUAAGAUGCAUCAGUUCGCGGUGCACACGUUCCGCCGCUCCGCCGACCGUUGGAUGCCGCUCAAGCUCGUCUUCUGCCACGUCAGCGCUGACGUGUGCCAGCAGUGGUCGGACCGCAUCCUCUCGCUGCUGCGCGUCGACCCGGAGCGCCCUAGGAGCCUCCUAGUGUUCGUGAACCCAAUAGGCGGGCGGAAGAAGGGAUUAAAGACAUGGGAGGCGGUGCGACCCGUGUUCGAUCGCGCAGGAGUCGCCGUGCAGGUGGUGGUAACCAGCCGUCGCAACCACGCGCGCGACAUGCUGCAGAACGCGUCGGACAAGGAGCUUUGCCAGCUGGACGGGAUCAUCGUCGUGGGCGGCGACGGGCUGUUCAACGAGGCGCUCAACGGGCUGGCGAGGCGGCGCCAUCGCGCCUUCCCGUGCGUGCGCCCCGCUCGCCUGCGCCUCCCCCCGCCCUCCACUUCCGCCCCUCGCGGUGCCAGCAGAAGCGGCGCCUGCGGGGGGGGAAGCGGGAGUGCAGAGGGGAAGGCAGUGGGGGACAUGUUAGGGAGUGUAGGGAAGGAGGAACUUGGAUCGAAUGGAGCUACGUUGGUUAAGGGCAGUGGAGUAGGCGCAGGGGAUUUAAGAUUAGGAGGCGGUUUAGGAGCUGAUUUGGGAUCAGAUUUGGAGCAGCUGCCAGCCUGGCAGGGUGUGACAAGAGCAGAGAAAGAAGAGGAGGAGGAGAGGGAGGAGGAAGAGGAGGAGGAGGGGGAGGAGGAGAAGGCAGUCCAGGAGUUUGUAGUUGUUUCAGAUGGCGAUACUGUGUAUGCUGCUGAUGGUGCUGCUGCUAAGCCAACAGGCUCGGCCCAGCCCUGCGCUCCAGGUUUGGCGAGAAAGCUGACGCUCGGCAGGUUCUGCAGGCAGGAGAGCGAGUUGGUGGCGGCAGGUGCAGUGAAUCUGGACAUGGGCAGUGCAGGGCAGGCAGGUGGGGUGAAAAAGGGAGGAGACGGGGAGAGGAAUGGGGAGGAGAGAGGAGGGGAGGAGGAGGGGGAGGAGGAGGGGGGGAGGGAGGGGAGGAAGCGAGUGGGGAGCAAGGGAUGGUUGGCUGCUGCAGGGUUGAAGUUGACCAACUGGCGGCGUGAUAGUGACAAGGGCACUGACACAUGCGAACAAAACGGCGGGCGGCACGCUGACGUGGACGGUGAUGAUUCGCCGAGAGGAGGCGUCAAUCUUUUUAGCUACUAUGCGACUCCUAAGGCCGGAUCGUACUAUGAGACUCCUAAGCCUGGUAAUGGCGGCUCGGGUGGAUAUUAUUUCCCUACUCCUAAGGAGGGGGGCGGCGGGGUGAAGGGAUUUUACGAAACGCCCAAGGGGCAGCAGGCUCGGCGCAGCUUCGGCCGAACCAGUUUUGGUCCGGGGGUUAGAAAUGCGACGUUUUUGAGUGACUGGGGGACGGUGCGGGAGGGGGAGGAGGGGGAGGAGGAGGAAGGGGGAGAGGGGGUGGAGGAGGGAGGAGUGGAGGAGUGGGGGGAGGGAGGAGUGGGAGAGGAUGGCGGAGUGGGUCUGUGUCUACCUAGGAGGCUGAGGAUUGGCAUCAUCCCUGCUGGAUCCACAGAUUGCAUUGCCAUGAGCCUCGUUGGUUCCCGAGACCCUGCCACGUCAGCACUGAACGUUGUGAUUGGCCGACGCACUCCCAUGGAUGUCGUGCGGGUAACUUCCUGGAAACCCGCCUCCUCCUCCCCCACCUCCUCCUCCUCCUCAUCCUCCCCGUCCUCCCCCACCUCCUCCUUCAACCCUCCUGCUACCUCCUCAAACCAAACGUCACACACCCCGUCCGAGCCUACAUUCUUGCCGAACCUCUCAUCCGAACCUACAGACCUGGCUUCCGGCCAAGCCACCGUCCUUGCUUCGGCAUCUCCCCUCUCCUCCUCCCCCGAUUUCUCCUCUUCCGCCCCCGCUUCCCCCUCCUCCCUGUCCUCCUCCCCUUCGGCCCUAUCCGAAUCGUCGAUGACUCGGUUCCAGGUUGGCGCUGACUCAGCAGCCGAGGUUGCUGAGUCAGCACAACCGGCAAAAGCAGAGGAAAGAGGAGGAGAUGCGGGAGGGUGGGUGGAGAGAAGAGAGAUAGAUGCAGCAAAGGAAGGAGCAGCGGAAGGUUCCAGGAAGGUGGACGCGGCGCAGCAGAUGGAGUGUGAUGUCCGAUACGCUGCAUCAUUCUUCGGGUACGGCUUCUAUGGCGCAGUGACCAAGGAGAGUGAAGCACUCAGAUGGAUGGGGCCGGCCAGAUACGACUAUGCGGGGUUCAUGACUUACAUGCGCCACAGGUCGUACGAAGCAGAGGUGUCAUUCUUCCACGUGCCUGAGCCUGACCAACCAUCCAUGCACAGGAGAAGCACCACGACCCGCCCAGAAAUUUGCACCGCUGGAUGCUCGGUGUGCGCCAACGGCCAGGAUCUUUCGCUGCUGGCACGAUCAGCCCUGGGAUUCGAGGCCAUAGGUCCCUCGCAGUCAGCUGUUGGUCUGGCCUCCCUUCUCACCCCUCUCAACUGCACUGUUGCUGACACUGCUGCUGCUGACACUGCUGCUGCUGAUGCUGCUGCUGUUUCGCCAUCCUACCAACCUCCUCCUGCCGCUCCCGACGCUGCUGCUGCUAGAGCCGCAGAAGCCGAUAAGCACAUGCUGCCCUCACCUCCUCCCCUAGAAGCUGCUGAUGCUGACGUGGCAGCGGCGGAUUCGCCGCAGCCGCUGACGUGGGACGAGGCGACGCCAGGCUGGCGCACCGUGAGAGGCCGGUUUCACAGCGUGGGCGGCGCGGUGAUCUCGUGCCGCAACGACAAGGCGCCAGAUGGCGUCGCGGCACACGCCCACCUGGCGGAUGGGAAUCUGAACCUCAUCAUGAUCUGCGAGUGCUCACGGGCCGAAUACCUCCAGCAACUCCUGUGUCUGGCCAUCAAGGGCGCAGAUCCCCUCGACUUCCACUUCGUCCAGCACCACAAGACCCCAGCGUUCACGUUCAAAGCCAUGGGGGAGCAGGGCUUCUGGAAUGUGGACGGUGAACUGGUGGAGGCGAGUGAGCUGUCAGCGCAGGUGUUCCGAGGGAUGGUGGAUAUGUUCGGCAGCGGACCAGAUGUGUACCGCGUGUGUCUCUUCUGCUACGAGCGUAUCAAGCUCGAACUAAACAGCCUCUGUCCCAGCUGCCGCACCCCCUACGGCGUCCCCCAACCUCCCUCCCCAUCCGCUGCUGAUAUGCCAGCCGCAACAGCAAGAGCCGCGACUGGAAAGAAAGUGAAGGGUGCGGCCAAUGGGCGAGUGACAGGUGGCAGCGGAGGGCUGGAGAGCAGCGGGAAAGCGGCGGAGAGGGGUCGGGGAGGAGGGGGGAGUGUAGUUGUGGGGUAUGGGGGUGGAGACGGCUGGGGAGGAGCCGGGGGGGUGGUGGUAGUGCGAACGACUGGCAGGCUGGCUGCGAGUGGUGGGACUGGCAGGGCUGAUAUCCUCGCUGGCUCUGCUAACGGCGUCGCUGCUGCCUCUGCUGCUGCUGCUGGUAGUGGUGGGGCUGGGGCUGGGGCUGGUGGUGCUGGUUUCGGUGGUAUCGGCAGUGGGUUUGGUGGGAUGAUGGGAGGAAUGAGGGGGUUCAACCCGCCGAUUUCAGCCAUGGCGUCUUCGCCUCUCAUGCAGCUCUCGCCCUCCGCGCCACUCACUGGUAUGCAUCCCACCGCUCUGCAUCCCACCUCUCUGCAUCCCACCGCUCUGCAUCCCACCACUCUGCAUCCCACCCGUUCUGUCUGCAUCCCACCCGCUCUGCCUCCCACCCCCUCCUUCUCUGCACCUCCCUUCUCUGCGCCCCCUCCACUGUACCCCCUUCUCCCCCCAUCUGCACAUCCAUUCGUUUGA